AUGAACUAUCGAUUUUUCGUCUUGAUUUUGCUGGUUAUUUUGAGUUUUUGCGCCGUUUCGCGCGCCGAUGAUUCCACCUAUAUGUUUUCCUACGAAGUGAGGCACGAGGUCGAGUGGGAUUUCAAGACGUCGACCGCCGAGAAGAUGAUCCCCGACCCAGGGCAGCACAAACUCGCAUGUGCUCUACUCGAUCGCAUGUGCCUUGAUUUCCUAACCUGCCAGCCGUCUUGCCCUUCCGGUUUCAUCGAGCCAUCCCCGCUGCAUCCGAAUUAUGGGCAACCCGUCAAAUACGAGAAUGGACCCGGGAUACGCAGAAAUCCUUGUAUUGAGAAGCAAGCAACGUGUGGCUCGGUCCCGAACGAUCUCUACUGGACCAUGGCCAAGCUCGACGAUCCCGAUCAAUAC